CGGCCGGGCGGGGGCGGCGGAGCGGGCGCGGCGCGGAGCGGGAUGGAGCGGCCGGAGCGGGCGGCGGCGGCGGCGGCGGCGGGUGCGCAGCCCCGCGCCAACGGCUGCAGCGGCGCGGCCCACGGCGCGCUCCGCAACGGCUACGUGCGCGGCCUGCCGGCGCCCGACACCCAGAUAAAUCAUAUUGUGCACAAUGGAGGAUUAUACAAAAAGCCUUUCAAUGAAGCUUUUGAAGAAACACCAAUGCUGGUUGCUGUGCUGACCUACGUAGGCUACGGUGUUCUCACUCUGUUUGGAUAUCUGCGAGAUUUCAUGCGGCAGUGGAAGAUUGAGAAGUGUCAAAAUGCAACAGAAAGAGAAGAACAAAAGGACUUUGUCCCACUGUACCAGGACUUUGAAAAUUUCUACAACAGAAACCUCUACAUGCGCAUUCGGGACAGCUGGAACCGUCCAAUCUGCAGCGUGCCUGGGGCCAAAGUGGACAUGAUGGAGAGAGUUUCCCAUGACUAUAACUGGACAUUCACGUACACGGGAAGAGUAAUAAAGGACAUUAUUAAUAUGGGUUCCUACAACUACCUUGGAUUUGCACAGAAGGCUGGGACUUGCCAAGAAGCAGCAGCUAAAGUUCUGUCACAGUAUGGAGCUGGGGUGUGCAGCACUAGGCAGGAGAUGGGAAACUUGGACAAACAUGAGGAGCUGGAAAAGCUAGUUGCCAGGUUCCUAGGUGUGGAAUCUGCAAUGGCAUAUGGAAUGGGGUUUGCAACCAACUCUAUGAACAUUCCUGCUUUAGUUGGCAAGGGCUGUCUGAUUUUGAGUGAUGAACUGAAUCAUGCAUCACUAGUGCUUGGAGCAAGACUGUCAGGAGCAACUAUUCGAAUCUUUAAGCACAACAAUAUGCAAAGCCUGGAGAAGCUGCUCAAAGAUGCUAUUGUGCAUGGGCAACCUCGUACACGGAGGCCCUGGAAAAAAAUUCUUAUCUUGGUGGAAGGAAUAUACAGUAUGGAGGGAUCCAUAGUCCGUUUGCCUGAAGUGAUUGCCCUUAAGAAGAAGUAUAAAUCCUAUCUGUACCUUGAUGAGGCUCAUAGUAUAGGUGCCCUGGGUCCCAGUGGCCGGGGUGUAGUGGAGUAUUUUGGACUCAGUCCUGAAGAUGUGGAUGUUAUGAUGGGAACAUUCACCAAAAGCUUUGGAGCUGCUGGAGGAUACAUUGGGGGCAAGAAGGAACUGAUUGAUUACCUCAGGACAUACUCUCACAGUGCUGUGUAUGCAACAUCACUGUCACCUCCUGUUGUGGAGCAAAUCAUCACCUCCAUGAAGUGCAUUAUGGGUGAAGAUGGUACAACUGUCGGGAAAGCACGUGUGCAGCAGCUAGCUGAGAACACGAGAUAUUUCAGGAGACGACUGAAAGAGAUGGGCUUUAUCAUCUAUGGAAAUGAAGAUUCCCCUGUUGUGCCUCUGAUGCUGUACAUGCCAGCAAAAAUUGGUGCAUUUGGACGCGAGAUGCUAAAGCGGAACAUCGGUGUUGUGGUUGUGGGCUUCCCUGCCACCCCCAUCAUCGAGUCCAGAGCCAGAUUCUGUUUGUCUGCAGCUCAUACCAAAGAAAUGCUUGAUACAGCUUUAAAAGAAAUCAAUGAAGUUGGGGACCUUUUGCAACUGAAGUAUUCCCGUCACCGUUUGGUACCUCUCUUGGACCGGCCAUUUGAUGAGACAACAUAUGAAGAAACAGAAGACUGAACUCCCUCCAUGUGCUUUGGUGGGAGGGACACAUCCCAUGGGACACUCCGUGGCACGCAGGCCACAGCGUCCAUGAACAGCACACUUAUGACUGCUUAGCAUAAAAGACAUUUCCUCACAAUACUGAAGUGGCCACAUCAGCUCUAAAUGGCAUUUUGUAAAUAAGGAGAGGAGAAAAAAAAGCUUUGAUUCCUGUGUCUUCGGGGUCUGGCCCUAGAGGUGCUUGGCUUUAUUUUUUCUUGUUGCUUUUUUAAUUUAUUUGUCUCAGUGAGUUCACAGCAACCCCAGUUGGCUGUGGCUGAUCAGCUCAGACUUUGUAUGCACCAUUAGCCUCCCAAAUGCUGGCUGAGAUGUUGUAAGCAUGUGUGACGCUGGCAUGGCAGCAUUUCCAGUGUCACUGCUAGGUUGUCUGACCUUCACAGUAAGGAGUGAGCUGACCUGUCUGUUCUUGGAGACUUCCUAGAGAAACUGUUGAUUGCUAACUUUGACAUAUUUAACAAGAUAGAUAAUCAACCAAAGUUUUUUGUUUUUUUUUUUCUUUUGCAGUUACUUGUGUUUAAAACUUGAAUUUAGCCCUUUUAAAAUAAAUGUGUUGUUGACAUGUCACUGACAGGACCAUUGUUCCCAAACAUUAUUUAGUUUUGUAAGCCACAGGCAGAAGGACUUCUGGGACUCUAGUCUCUUUUUCUUCCCAGUAUGGAUACCAGAUUGUCUCCUAGUUUUGACACUAAUUGUCUUCUCGAUACAGGGUAAGUGAUGGAAAGGGUUUUUGUUAAUUUUUUUUUUUUAAUGGACUGUGUUUUGUCUUCCUUCUGACAUACUUCUAUCUUAAAAAAAAAAAAAAAAAAAAAAGGUGGGUUUAGUGUGUGUUGCUUUCUCACCUUCAGGUUAAUUUCUCUUGGUUUAGAAUUAUCAUAAAACAAUGAACAAGUUACUGCAAGGUUCUAGAAGGGUGCUUUUGGGAUUAAGUAAACCACAGCAAGCUUUGUGCUUCUUAAGACCAGAACCCCUUAAUAAGCAGGCCUAUAUGAUGGAUAGGAGAACCACUUAUUUCAUGCAGAUCUGUGAAAGACUGAUUGCUACUUUUUGCUAUGCUAAUUCACUGUUUCUUGUCAUAUGUGAGGUGUUCUUCAGUGGCCUUGUUGCACAAAGCUUUUAUGCAAAGACUAUAGGCAGCUUGGAUCUUGCAUCAUACAUUACAUUUCAGCUAGUCAACAAAGUCUCAGUUGGCAGCCGCAUGUCUGUGUAGGCCUUCCCUGAGGAGAGAAUGUCUUCACAAUUGCAUUUAGUUUGAGAUCUUUUUUCUUUUGCAUUUCUGUUACUGUGAGAUCAAAUUAAUGUCCGCUGAGCAAGUUGCUGUUUGGAAUCUUUAUUUGCAAGUUCCACGCUGUCUUACUCUGAUCAAAGUUUAAAAUAGACACCUUUGCUCUCGCACACCUUAGAGAUGAUCUGCUACUUAGUCAUUGCAUCUUGAAUUCUUUCAGCUAAAAGAAUGGAUCAUUGAAGAGGUACCAGAAAUUUUAUAACAGGAGUCAGUUGCAGUAUAGUUUGUUUCUGUAUUUCAUACCUUGGACAUAUAGGUUUUCUGCAAAUAUAGUAAAUUAACAUUGUGUCAGUUGGAUUGAGCCAACUCUUCAAUUUGGGUUACCAUGAUGCUUUUUGCAGGUGACUAGAAAAACAGAUCCUUCAUUGUAAUGCUAAAGCAGAGUGCUUUAGUUCAAAGCUAUUUGCCUGGUGCUGCAAAAAAAAAAAAAAAUAUGAAUAAUACUUUUAAGUUCCUUUAUGUUCACACUGCAGCUAACAGGGAAGGAGCACUUUGGUCACUAGAACCAGGCAGUUCUGCAAGUACCUCUGGUGAUUUAAAGCAGAAUUGGCUUCUGUUUUAUAGAGUAUUUAUGUGUUUAUAGAUCUUGUUCCACUUUAAUGUAUCAGAAUUUCAAAACAUUGAUUCAGGUUUUUUUUACCAUUGCAUUUCAGAAAUUUAAUUAGGUGAGAAGAACUAAAAUUGACUGUUUGGAAAUAGGUCCAGAUAACUGUUUCUGUCUUAGUCCACUGAUGCUGAUUUGCUCACUUUUUGGAGCAAAGUGUAUGCACAGUUCCAGGAGCCUGUUAACCUGUAUGUGUAACUUUGAUAGCUAUGGAGUAGUUUCAUUUGUUCAGCCACAGUGUGAGUAAGCUGCAAUUACAUGAGCUUACUUUCUCACCUGCAUUCUGCCCAGGACUAGCUCUAACAUUCCAGCAGAUGACCUGCUUUCUGACUUCAAGAAACUUUACCUCGAAGAAUUAUCGGUAUUAUUUUCUUUCUGAAUUGUAGUAGGGAACAAAAGGAGGUUAGUGCAGGAAGCCCUGACUUCAGCCUUGGUUCUGUUGACUUGAUUCUGGAAUGUUUAAGAUCGGAUAAAGCUGACCAACUUGAAGGCAUAGGCAUGGGUCAGUAGGGUGCUGUUUUGAGCAUUCCCAGAUAUACAGUGUGGUUGUGUCUGCUGUGAUGCAUUAAGUUAGAAAUGAGUUAUCGUAGAUUCUACAAGUCUCGAGUCUUAUUCUUGUGUCUGGGAUUCAGUUUUAGGGCAGCUUGUCUUUAGGAGGGAGAAAAACAUCUGGAUAAAUCUCUGUAAUUCCAGUAACUCCUGUGUAACACUUCUGAAAUUGUCAGUGUUUGAAAAUUACUGGUCCCCAUUGGGAUUCCAGUUGCACUUGUUGAGGAAAUUGCAUUCAUGCUAAACUUCUGCCAUUUAGUAUCUUUCUGCUAUGUCACGCUGUCUGCAUAUGACUUCAAAUUCUAGGUUGCAAAGACAUUUCAGAAAUCAUUCAGGCAGUUAGUAGCAUUUGCAAGCUGCUUGGUUACAUUUCAGUCCUGCCAUAUCCUUUUUGGGAAGCAACUUCCCCCUCUUCCCGGAGGCCUUUUUUUUUCAAGGGAACCUGUUUUGCCAAAGUCUGGUACCUGUUGAGACUGCUUCUGAAAAAAGUUAAGAAGUUACAAGUCCACGAUUUCAUACUUUUAAGUCCAUAAUUCACUGAGCAUGAAAAGCAGGAAAAUCUUUUCACAUCUACUAAAAAACUCUGCUCCCACAACCAAAGGAGCAGACAGCUGCUGGUUUGUACUAGGCAAACCUACUGCAUGUAUGCUGUCACGGUGUGUGUAGGAUGGAUUGCUGCUUUGAUAUUUAUGUACUGACCAGAAACGAAUCUCCUUUUUGCCCUGGCAGUAGAAGUGAAUGAAAGAACCGAUCUUGAGAGAUCAUAAAGGGAAAAAAGCUGCUUAAGAAAUAGACUACAGUCCCUGCCAACUUUUUGGAGACAUUCUAAUUGAAAAUGACUCCUGGUAUUUUUUCAGAGAUGCAAAAAUCAAAAGAAAAUGAAGGCUGCUUUUGAACAAAGGGUUUUGCCCUGUACUGUACCUUGGCUAAACUUACUCAUAAGUAGACAGUAGUUACCUUCCUAGUACCUCUCUGAAGAAAUUAGCAAGCAAGAUUUUGCCUCUGCUGAGCAGAGUGAAGAGUUUAGAACCAUUAUAGAUUUCAAGGCUGAUGGCCAUGCUCUUAAGAAAAUUGAGAAGCUCCUAUUACCGAGCAUCAACAAGGAGUGAGAGAUCUGAUUCUUGUUAGAAACUGGCCUUCCCAAGUAGACCUUUGUCUUAAGGAGCCUGAUUCAUAAUCUUUCUUUAGUUUUUUAGCAGAGAAGAAACCAAGAUUUUUUGUGUCAAAAUUUUCAGGGCUUGGGGUUUGUUGUUUGUGUUGUUUUGUUUUGUUUUUUUUUUUUUUUAUACAGGACACAAAUUUUUGUAUAGUAUCUGUGUCUGUGGUGUAUUUAACUCUUUGUUUAGUUUCUGUACUUUUUCCUUUCUAAGUAGCAUCCUUAAAGAGCUGUUCCAGUUCUUGGGUUACUGGUGUAGCACACUUGCUUUAGGCAAAGUCUCAGGAAUGAAUUGACUGAACAUCUUACCGUGAUGAAGUCAUUCAGUGAAGGAAUUGCAUCAUCCAUCCUCCUCUUGCCGUUUCCUCUAAGAGCGCAGAGUGGUACCCAGUGUCAGAGCUGCACCUUCACACAGAGCAGUGACGGGAAUUGUGCCCAUGAAAUCAGUGACCCAGCCCGGUGCUGUGCAGGUGGAGUGAUACAGCAGAGAUGGAGAAAGGAGGCAGUCAGUCAUCACUUACUCUCAGCUGUUUAUGUGUGCUUGAACAAGAAUCCCUACGACAGGACUGCAGCUUCUAGUGCAGAGGGACACUCCUCUAAAACUUUUCCACACUAAGUAAAUACUUGCUCUCCUGUGCAAAUUUUAAUUUCUUUACCUCUGAAAAGUAUUUGGUUUACAGCUGUUUGCUCGUCCAGAAGCCAUGUUAUCCAUUCAGGCAGCUCAUAGGAAAGGUUGGAGGAAAGCUGUGAGCAUGAGCUCUCCAUUUCAUCUAAGAGAACACAUUGCAGCAUUGGAUCUGGAACGGUAUGCAUGAGCUCCCUUGUUGCAUCACAGAGAAGGGAACUUGUGGAGAUUUAUCCCAAUAUACUAUGUUCAGUCAGAAUUUAUACAGCUUAUACAUACAGUUAUAUGUAUUAUUUUUACCCUGCCUGUGAAGGUGUCAAGCAUGCUGGGUUCUGUGUGGGUGGCACCUUCUGCACAGAGAUCUGAGGUACCUGUUCUGUUUCAACAUUGGUGAAGCAUGGAGCUGUCUGGGAGUGCCUAGUGUGAGCCCUCAGCAGGUGCAUCACUGGCAUCCAGGUGGCAUUGGACCACUGUUUGGGAAAUGCACCAGUCAUUCGACCUGUGUAACUUGAACAUGGUUUUAAAAGAAAGGGGGAAAAAAAAAAAAAAACAAAAACAAAAAAAACAACCCACCCUCCCAACUCAGAUGCCAUUGUGAUAUCUUGUAUUCCUGUAAACUUCCCCAGUUGUUCACUUGUUCAAAGAUUUGGACGUGAGGCUAAGCACAACCAUGAAGUGUCUGUGUAAGUAUUGUGCUUUACCUUUCACUAAAAAGAGAAGCAUUUGGUGCAGACAUUGGGCUUGUGUUUACAUCCCCAAAGGGGCUGGGUGAAGGAGAUGAUGACUGUGGUUUGUGUUGAAGGCCUUAAACUGUGACUCUUGGUAUGAAGAAUUUAAAUUAAAACUGAUUUUGAAGAAUGCAGUGUGCUCUUAGUUAAGCAGUAUGUACUGCUGUUUUCUUGGGAGGGAGAGGUUCAACUCAAUUUGUGUUUGACCCUGGCUGGCAGCUGUUUAAGGAGCAGAAGAGGUGUCUGUAUGUGAAAGCCAAAAAUAGUGCAGUUCUCUGCACCGAUGUUCCUAUGUAGCAAGCAUGGGUAGCUUGUUCAUGGGCUGCUGAAAGCAGGAGAGUUAUUGAGAGGGUCAGGGACUUCAGAAGCAGUGGCAGCUAGCAAAUUAAUUUCCUCAGCAGUGGGUGAACGGGUCUCACCUGAAUAUGCCAAGGGUUGGUGCCCUUCCAAAAAUACCCGUGGCAAAGUGAAACAUGCACCAAACCAUCUGACCACUGUAAAGCAUUCUUUUUUUUUUUUUUUUUUUUGCCAAAUCUCAUCCUGUUCAGACAGUAUUUCUGCUACCCCCUAACGGUAUAUUAAGCUAAAUACACCUCCAGCCUUCCAAUAUUACUAACUUCAGACCAGUUUGAGAGAGACCAGAGGAACGUUGGAGCCUGAGGCUUUAGGCUAGCAGCCCCAAAGCCAAUGGUGGCCCACAUUUCCACAAGCCCUGGGCAGAAUUACCAAGUCACAGCACUUUGUCUUAAAUUGCACUGUAUUCUUAUGCCUCUGUGUUGCUAUAAUGUACAUAUAUAUUGGAUUUUUUUGUAGAUAAGACAUUUUAGAUAAAAUUUUUAAAUGGGCUCCUCCCAAAAUAUUUUAUGCCAGAUGUCUAAUUUUUUUUACACUCGGGAUCGACAUGAAGUUGGAUGCUCUGUGGGCAGGGAAAAGAUAAAUGGAUGGUACAUUGGCUUUAAAAAGGUAACAGUGCAUGUUAAAAUAAAAUUAAAAAAACAAAACAAACAAAAACAAAAAA